AUGUCGAUAUCAACGCUCGACGAGCAGUUUCUGCCUCGUCUCCUUGCCAUAUUUUACGCCACUUUUCAUCCGACAGAAGGCCCCAAAGUCAUUUAUCAAGUGCCGGAAGGAUCCAUCACCGAAGAACAGAUACGUUCGAAGCCAGACCCAACCUCUGCAGCAUCAGCACAUCCGCAACCAACGCAGACGACUGAGCCACUCUUCAACUUUUCCGCGCUUUCCGAAUACUUGAUCCCGAAAGCACCCUUGUGCGGGCGGCUCGUCACUUCCAUUGCUCGUGGCACCGUUAGCACCCAUCAGAGCAGCCACAAUCGUUCCUCCCGUGCACCGCCCAUCGUGCCCGUACGCUCCGCCUCCGCAAGAUACGAAGGAUCAUCGAGGGAUUCUUCAGUAAGGCCAGAAGGCGCCGAGGAUGCAGAUGUUCCAAAAAAGCCCCAGCUGGAGCAGCGAACAUACAAGAUCAUGGGCUUUCCGACAUUGAUCGAAGACGCGACAAAGUACCAGCGAAACAACUUCAUUUUCAACCUCUGCUUCGUCUUUGAUGGGCAGUCGGAUGUACGAGCCUACGAACCAGUCGUUCGGAAGUGUGGCCGAGUCCUUCGCGGAUUGGAGGAGACACAGUCUUUCUUGUCCAGUCCCAAGAGUUUGCCACGUAUGUACGGAGUCAUCGAGCAGCUCUUUGAAGAUCUCGGCUCGUACAGUGAAAGCUUCGUCGCGCUACCUGAAGCGCCGCAUACGUCUUACCUCAACACUUUAUCGAAACCAAAUAGUCCACAAGCACAUAGCCUUGUAUCUGCCAUCAUCGGUCCUGAUGACUUCGUAUCGCUAAGCACCAGCUUCGCAUCUUUGCGCGGCGAACACCAUCGCAGCAUCAUAAACGAAAAACUCAGGAUCAAGCAAAUGCAACAGGCCCAACUUUCAAACCUCCGUCAAACACCGUCACCAACCUCGGCUCGUGCGAGUCCUAUACAACCGCAUGGGUCCGGUGACAAUGGUAUCGGUAGUGGGUUGAGGUCUCGCUCCGGAUCUGGUUCUGGCUCCUCGCCUUGCGAGGGCGGCAAGAUUCUAACUCCGCUCACGACGAUUCGCGAUGAUGCACCGCCCAUGCGGAGAAGCAGCAGCGCCUACAAUACAAGUGUUCCUGGCAAAGAAGGACCUAACUCUCCCCACUCUGCUGUUUCCCCGAGUUGCCCCGAUGGUCCAAGGCCGAGCAUGGCGAGACCGUCUACGAUGCUUGGCCUUACAGACGAUGCUGCGCAAGGCGCCUUUCCGUCUGAAGAGAGUCGCGACAAUGCCAUGGGUAUCGUAAGCUCCAGAAGGCAAAGUGACCCCAGCCGCGAGCUCAGUGCUGCGGAAAGUCUCGGAAAUGUAUUGACGAAUCACGAUAGCGGCGCCUUUGACAGCAUCAACACAGCAGCAGGGACGAGGCGUUCGAGCCGCGGCAGUCCCAUAGGCGGAGUAGACGGUGGCGGGAACGAUUCGACGUUGCUGGAGCAUCUCACCGAGAGCAUCGCCUCGAUGCGUACGAUAGAUGCUGCUCUUUCCAAUUCUGUCAACGCACUACGCAGCGAGACCGGUGACGUUACCAAACGCACUACGCUUGUUGAGAAGCGCGAACCGCCACACGGUCUUGGCCGCACAGUUCGCGAUGCCAUCAACCUGAAACUGUUCCCCGUUUAUCCGAACCCAACACCCAUCAACGACUGGGACGUCCCUGUAGCGUUGCUCGAUCUCUUGUCGCGCGUCGAUGGCAAUUGGGACCUGACAAUGCGUCGCAUCCUGCCGUUCAUCGAUGGGGUGAACCAUGCCAAGCGUAUCGCGCAGCUGGCUGACGCCGAUCUAGAGCUUACACGAGCAUGCCUGGAGCAUCUCAUGUUUUAUGGUUGCAUCAUUGUCGUAGACAUUUUCCAGUAUUUCAACAUGUACACCGUGCGGCCCGCGAUAGCCAAGAUUGCGGAUGACGAGGCGCUUGGUCGCGGAUGCGCAUCUUACGUCACAAGGCCCGGCUACCCGAAUGCAAGCUAUCCGGAGCUGCUUCGCCUGUAUUCGCUGCUUCGAGCCGGCACGACGCUGCACGAUUGGAUUGAAGACAACGAUAUCGACAGCAAAGGUAUCGACGUGAGGCGCUUCGUCUCGUUCGGUGUGAUCCAGGGAUUCCUACGUCGGGUCCAUCGAUACCCGAUCUACCUCGGAUCGCGAACUGGCGAGGAAGGCAUCUCUGCAUUUGACACAUCCGUGGUCAGCACGGUACGCAAUUCGCCCGUGACCAACUCGCCAGCGCUCAAAUCCAACGAUUCGAGUUUUCGCCGUACCGAGACCCAAGCUGCACAUCGUCGUGAACAGAGCGGCAGUCGCGAGCCGCGAGAUCGACGCCCGCGCGAGCUCUCUGGCAUGAGCGGCGCUUACAGCGCAUUCCAGCGCAUCGGACGCGACGGCAGUGUGGACAGUCCGGGUGUUGGAACACGCCCGCCCGCGCGCAGAGGGGCGUCCGAGGCAAGGUUAAGUAACGUUGUGCUAGCAGGGGCAGGUGGAGGCAACGCGAGCGCGUUCAACUUGGCCGACUCGUUGCACACUGGCAGCGGAGGAGGGAUGAGUCAAUUUAGCACGUCUCCUACUAAGAGACAAGCUCGGUUGCGACAGCGAAACAACUACCGCCAUCCUACCACCACGGCGGUGGACGCAGCAGCUGUGGCGUUCCAAGCCGAACGGCCGUCGACGAUGACGACGGCAGCAUCGGGGCCUCAAGCGCGGUCUCCACGUAAGCGCGCCAGCGCGAUCGGACUCAGUACUGCACUUCCCAGUGCUGCUGCACCUGGAACCGCUUCGGCUGGAGUCUCGGGAAUUGGCGCUGCUAGCAGCAGCCACACACACCCUCGUCUCGGCGUGAGCGUGAUUCCACCGGAGCUGUUCGAUAUGCUCGACGGCCUGCACAGCGACGACGAGAUCUGCGUCAGCCUCUGCAUCUCGUGGCCGGACCUGGAAAAGAUGCUCAUCCAAAUCGGCCUCUCGCCCUGGUCUCGGCUGGAUGCCGCCGAUACAGACGAGGAAGAUAUCGCAUCGACGCAACGCAGCGAUUGGCGACGAUGGCCCGGAGGAUCCAUGUUCGGUACUACAGCUGCAACAGGAGGAGCUGGUGGCGCCAGUUCAGGCUGGAGCAAGCCCAGGAUGUCGGGCUUCAGCGCAGGCGCAAACACAGCAAGGAGCCAAGUGAGUGGCACCGCAAGCUCCGGACCACAGUCGAGCGCCAGAACGCACGGCGCAGACUCGAGUGGCUUCGGUGUCGUCUGGGGCAACGAUCCGGACGAGAGCGGAUGGGGCCCAACUGGGUUGGAUCGCGAAGCAAUCGAAGCGGGCAACUUGGGAAUGGUCAGGAUCCUGUAUCAGUGA